CAUAUUACUAUUAGACCACCACCCUUCCCGCUCGCACGAGGUGGGCGUUCACAAAAGACACCAAAUUUUUCCUUUUUGAGUUAUCCCACUGUAAGAGUCUCCCGACACUGAGGUUCCCAAUGGUGUCGAUUCUGCCUUUUGUUGAAUCAUGACCCAUCGUCCCUCUCGCACUUCUUCAGUCUCACGCCGGAAUAGAUCUCGAACUCAAACACAUCCUCAAAUCGCCGUUCAGCCUACAAUACAAACUCGUGUGAAGCGAGUAUCUCGCUUUCGUCCACCACGCGGCGUUUCCCAACAACAGCAGCGCGAGGAUUUAACCUGGCCAUUUCCCGAAGAGUCCACUGAGGCCUUUACACAACAUCGACAGCCAAAAGCAGACUCGGGUCUUAGCACUAUCGUCGAGGACCCUUCAGCCAUUGUGCAAAGGCCUUUAGACUCCCAAUCCUUUGAACUGGUACCUCACAAUACAGCUCAAACACAUAACGAGGACCCAGCUUCUCAGCCUGUUGGUUCUACCCCAACCCCGACUCACUUUGGUCUCCGUGCGAAUUCGGAGCCAAGUCCCUAUCUUACUCUUCAGGCCCCAUCCUCGACCGAAGACCAGUUUAACUGGACACACUCCCCCGGGCCUAGGUUCGAGGUUGAGGCUUCACAACCAACAGCCGACUUUCCACAAAAUAUGAGCACACUUGGAUACAUGAGUGGCGUUGCGCACCACUUCGCCCCAUUGGAGCCGGCUUACGGCUCGCACUUGGACUCCUCCCGUAAGCCUGAGCCGCUCGUAUAAAGCUACCGUUGUUGUACCCAACUGACCCCACCCACAGCCUUCAUGAUGAAUAACCACCACCACUCUAGCAAUCAACCUGUGCUACCUACUCCUUCGUCUGGUCCUUCACCUGGUUACCUUCCAUCCUUCCCGAGUCCUGGCAUGUUGACAAGUCCGCAAAGCCUCGACCGUCGGGCUUCAGGCGGUCGCGAAGUGCUCGCACCUUAUCAACGAAGCCCGUACCAACCUCAUCACAGUUCGAGUCUACGAACGAGUCCUCCCUUGAAAUCAGAGAACCCUAACAUCAACCCGUCGUCAAUGCCUAGCUACUCACAAGUGCACCCUCUUCCUUCGCAACCAGUGAGCCAGCUCAGCUACUCCACCUACCCGCCGUAAGUC